AUUCACAAAUGCUAACUCUCAAAUAUGUCUCGCCACAUUUUUUCCCAACUUUCUACACGAACAGCUGAUUUAUAGAGCCCGUCAUGAUGUUUAAACCUCAUCGGGUUAACACAACCUGGAAGGCUGAGUUCGGGGUGAAAAAGUUUUCACAGGCUAACCGCAUUGGAGCUCGUGCAGCAGGGGGUCGGGCUCGCGCUCACGGAGAUGAUGCUGCUGGGCUCGCGGAGCCGCUGGGUAACCGGCCAGCAGUCGCUCCGGCACCGUAAAAACUAACACAUUUGUGGUGUUUGUCACCGACGGUAACUUGUGUUGUGUAGCAGCCGACAAACACAACAAAAUGCUGCCGUAGUUGAUGUUUAAUGAGCCGCAAAGGAGCAACAGACAGCGGGUAGUUAUGCUAACCAGCGGCGGUUAGGUUAGCCCGCAACGCUCCAGCACUUUUACCGUUAACGUUGUCUUCUCCAGGCGUCAUGCGAUCGCCGUCUCCCGGUGUGCACGUUUUAGUUAUUUGCGGUUUCCCAUUAGGGCUGAAAUAACCGACGGUUAGAGGUUUCAGCAGCUCAACAACAUGACUCACACACUAGCAGGCUAAGUUAGCCGGCGAAGUUAGCCGGUGAUGCUAGUGGUGCCCCCUCCAAGCCGCGGGCUGCUGAAGUGAUGUCUGUCCGAUGGAGCUGAAGUGUUUCUCGGCUUGCCAAAGAUGACGCGCCGCCUGAGCCGGGUGUUUGUGCCUCUGUCAGCAGGAGGCGGAACAUGGAAACCGAGGAAGAGUGGAACAAAGACCUGAGUGCACACAAACUGCUGGAUAAAAAGGUCCUCUGCAAGCAGAAUGGAAGGAUCGGUAUAGUGAAAAGUCUUCACAGCCUGUUGAAAACCCAGAACACACUGCAGAUUCAGUCCAUCACCCGCUCAGAAUGUGCUGGCUCUUGUCCAAAUCUGAUGAUGAGUAGGAGCGAGCACGCCGAUGCGCGGCCCGUCCCCGUGGCCCUCACCCCCCAGCUCCCCCCCAGAGCUCACCGGCCCCUCUGCGUGUCGGUCUCCUCCGACAGCAGCGGACGCUUCAAAGCUCUGGAGACGCAGGAGUGGAAGAACAACCUCAAAGCUCAGAUGGAGCAGGCCCACAGCGCAGGAGCCGCCAGCAGCACAGGCUCUCUGGAGCGAGCGUCUCUGUUCUGCGCCUCGGCGUCCACCACGGCGUCCAGCUCCGGUCUGUCCAGCCCGGUGGAGAUCCUCACCAAGAGCAAAUCCUCCAGCCGCUUCUCUCUCUUCUCUCCGCCCUGGAACAGCAGCUCCGAGUCCGACUCCAACCCUCCGUCUCGCUCGGGCUCCAAGAAGCUGCGCAACUACAGCAGGAGAGCCGCUACGGGUCCAGCCGGAGCCAGGGGGCCCGACACGCCUGAGUCCAAACCCGGCGGCCCCGAACACUUCCAGUACUCCGAACCAGUCAUCUCCAAGGUGACGGACUACAUCUACGUCGGCAACCUGAACGCGGCGUACAACGGGCGCACCUUGUGUCGCAACAACAUCGACAGCAUCAUCGACAUGAGCAGCGUGCCGGGAGAACCGGGCCCCAGCCUCAACCUCAUACCCUGCACCUGCUCCCGCGGCACCCGCCAUAGCUGGUCCCGCCUCAAGGUGGACAUCGGCGACGUGCCGGACGCUCUGGGCGACGGCCCCGCCCUGAAGCAGCGCUGCUUCGAGGACAUCAACGGAUGCAUCGAUGCCUCCACUGAGAAGAGGAAGCGCGUUCUGGUCCACUGUCGGGACGGGUACUCCCUGGCGCCCACCUGCAUCAUCCAGUACCUGAUGGUGAAACAGAACAUGAGGCUGAUCGCAGCCUACGAGCUGCUGAGAGCCAAGUACCCGGUCAACAUCAGAGAGUGCCACCAAAACGUGCUGGUGAGCCUGGAGAGGGCGCUGCGGCCCGGAGGCAACGUGGACCCUGAGUGCUUCAAACAGGCCAUCUCACGCAAAGUGGCGUGGACCUGACUCAGUUUCCCAACAUGCUCGGCUUCUUAAGGUUCUCUUUACUCCUCCACCCUGUCGCGGUAUUAGAUGUUACUCUAAAGACAACCGAGGGCAGCUGUUCUUCUCCCUGUAGACUGCUCAACUGGAUAUUAUUGUUCCUACCUGAGUUCAGUGGUUGUAAAAGUUAUGAAUUUGAUGUAUUUCCUCUUCAAACCUGUAAAUGUGACCUGGCUGUGAUGCCCCUCCCCCCUCCCCCUCCUCCCCCCUCCCCCCACAGAGCAGGAGACGCAAUAGACUUAACUGUAAUGUAUACAGCUUCUUGGUAUAACAAUGUAAUUGUGUUGGCUGUAUAGUUGAUAUAGUCCUGCUUCAGUUCUGUGCCAUGCUGUCGUGGUGGUGUUUUAUAUCAGGGGAAUUUCUUAAAGGGAGAUCUCAGGAGAUUAUUGAUGUCAUUUCAGUACAGAGUGGGAAAUUAUUAGUUAUUAGUCUGCGGCCUCCAUCACACCUGGAACUAAAAUGCAUCUUGGUGACCUGUGUUUACAUCACAUAUGGUUGGAAAAUAUGUCCUAAAAGGUUAGAAAGAUCCCGUCAGUUUAUAGUAUACAGCAGGUUAACAUGUGACACAAUGUGAACAGAAAAUCUACAUUUAAUCACACAUGGUUCCAAUAACUGCUUCAAAGUUCUGCUGCAGGUGUAGAUCAAGGCAUCAGAAAAUCAUUUUAAUAGUGAAAAGGUGGUUUAAUGAGCCAAUUGGCACUUUUAAACAAUUAUAAAUAUGGAAGGACACCUCUGUGUGUUCCAGUUUUUAUUCACAGGGAACAAUAGAAGUGAACAUUUGAGCCUUGUUCCUGAUGUCUUGAAUACUUGAGGAGGAAGAGUUAAGAAAAAUUCCUGUUGCUGAUUUCCAUGUUUUCACCGAACUGUCCGACUAUAGAAACUCAACAGACAGAUGGACAACUCAGAGAAGCUGUCCUGUGGACUUAAAUUCAAACACAGAUUUGGUGUUCUCACCAAAUGUGUCCUUUGGCUACAUGUAGAGCUGCAACUACUGAUAAUAUUUUCUAUUAAUUGAGUAAUUGUUUAGUGUAUAAAAUGUCAAAAAGUAAAUCUUAACCCAGAUCCCAAGAUAACGUCUUCAAAUAUCCAACAGUCCAAAACCCAAAAAUAUUCCAUUCAUAAUGAUAAAAAACAGAGAAAAGCAGAAAAUGAUCACAUCUGAAAAGCUGGAACACACUGACCUGAUUAAUCGAUUAUUAAAAUCGUUGCAGAUUCCUUUUCUUUCGAUCGACUGAUUGAUUUAUUGACUUUGUUUAAGCUCUACUUGCAUCACACGCUAACAGAGCACGAGAUGCAAAGAAAACAGGAGCCUGUUGAUCACAACGUUGCUCCACAGAGUCUCUCUUUAACAGCUUUCACUCUCCCCACACAUGAAAACUCAAACUUUUAUGGAAGAUUUAAACACAAACGGUCACUCAAGAUGGUUUUUAAACAUAUUUCUGACGCCAGGUGUGAACUGCAAUCUGUGAACUUAAAGAUUUUGACAUAAAUCUGCAAAGAUCUGACAAUGAAGCAAGUAAGGCUGUGCGAUAUGACCAGAAUCCCAAAUCCAGAUAACGAUACGUAUCACGAUACACCACAUUUUCUGUAAAUUCAAUGAAUAAAUAGUUUAUAUAAAACGACAACAUGGAAAAGCACAGUUUUCUGGUCCGUGUUAGACUUUUCAUACCUAAACCACGUCCAUGCAUCCGCACCGUGCAGAAGAACCCAAACUAUCGUCCAAAUGAUGAACAAUAUUGCCGCAAAAAGUGAUUGGCGACACAACAGAAUAAAUGAUGGAACAUAAUAUGAAGCGAUAGACGUCACAUGAUAUAAAUCAUCAUAUCGCACAGCCCUGGAAGCAAGUUAACUGUCCAUCUUUUGUUCGGAGGGUGUUUUUCUUCCUAUACGAUUGUUUGGAUGUUCUCGCCGCUGUGGUCAGUUGGGAAAUAAAGGAAUCGGUUUUCAACCCUGUCGAAACAAAAGCUGCAACUCUGCCGCUGAUUCUCUAAAGAUGGAGGACGUACAUGUGAUCGACUGGAUUACAUCACUGAUUCAUCUGCUUCUAUCGCAAGAAGAGACUUUGCACAUGAACACGAGUUUAAAAUCUGACCUGCUUCUGAUCUUGUGACCUUUUUGUGCUGUUUUUUUGUUUUGUUUGUUUUUUUGUGUGUUUUCUGAGGUCAUACUCGAUGGAAGACGAACGGCCCAACCUGUCCUCUGUGAGGAAGACUGUAGCCCCGUUUUGUUUUGUUUUGUUUUUUUAGCCACAGUUUGGUUAAAUCUCUUGGGUGGUGCUCAGACUGUGGCUUUGUGAAUUUGAACUUCAGUGUAUGCAGUAACGCUGGGUGAUGUGCGUCUCUGUGGAUUAUCAGUAUUAGUGCGUCGGUGCCACUGAACUGCGAUUCAUCGUUAAAACUGCAAGAGAUGAUUUUGCACUACAAGAUUAUUGUCUGAAAUGCAAAAUAUUGCCUUUUUAUUUUAAUAUUGUUUGAAUUAUUGUUUUUUUUAUUUUUUUUAGAGAAUGACUGAUGACGUUACUUUCCAAGAGGUUUGACAUUUACCACGUUUACAUGCUCAUUAGAACCAGAUUUAGGUAAAAGUUUUAAUUAAAGUGUUGGCAGCCAGAUAAUCUGAGUUUACAUGAUUUGAUGUUUGACCAAAACGAUACGAGUCUUAAUCUCAACAUGAUGCUUUUUUACAACAUCUGGUACUCUUUAUCUUUUUCUACAAAUAAAGUUGAGUCACAUAAUCCACAGUUUUCUGCACAAAAAUCAAAUUAUUGAAGUGAUGAGACAUUUUCUGAUGAAAGAAUAAUCUGACCAAGCAUUCAGUGCCAACAAUUAUUUUCAUUGAUUAUGUUUUGAUUAAAGUCCAUUUGAGUCCCAGCCGCCAGUUUUGGCCAAAUAUUCGUCUUUUCAGAGAAGAUAUAAAAGGAAAUAAAGAGUGUGUGUCAUAGUUCAACUCUCCUGCGUUGCUGCAACAUAAAGAUAUUACAUUUACAGUGAUAUAAAACAAAAGCAUCAAAUCCUCACAUCAGAGAAGCUUUAAUCUCAGAGUGUUUUUGUUCAAUUAAAUGACUUAAUUAAACGAUAAUUUGCUCUCCUGCCCUGCAUGAUUUAGAUGUUUCUCCGCUCCGACACACCUGAUUCAAAUGAUCGGCUCGUUAUGAAGCUUCAGCAGAGCUUAAUGACGAGCUGAUCGUUAGAAUCAGGUGUGUUGGAGCAGAGAAACGUCUAAAUCAUGUGGGGCAGGAAAAGACUAACGCUGGACUAAUUGAUUAAUCAGCACUAGUGCUGAUAUUCGCUCAACUACAGACGCAAUUCAGUCAGUAGGAAGAAAGCUGUCGAGGUUUAAUAUCUGUCCUGUAUUUGGUUUAAGUAUGUUUUUGACUAACGCUGUAAUAAGCUGUCCCGCUUGCUUUUCCCCCCACUGGUAUAUUUUGUCUCGCCAGUUCUGAUUUAACCGUUAUUUUAGCGCAGUC